GGGCCGCGCCUCGGGCUGUAGUGCGAACGUCUCACGUGCGGUGGUGGUCGCGUGACGACGCGCGUGCCCUGGAAAUGUGCGUAGCGCGGCUUCGGGGACGCCCAACCGAAGCGAGACGUGGUGAUGUGCUCUGUGCGCGAGUUUUGGUGCUGACAAGCUGCUAUGUUGUGUGCGAAUGAAUCGGCCGGCUGAACCUCAAGUUAUUGGCGCCAUGAGAGGACUUAAGGCCGUUAUGGGCAUCGUAUUUUUGAUCCAAGGCUGUCUGGCUCGGACAACGCUGAUGCACACGCGGGCGGGUGCGAACGUGACGGUGCCCUGUCUCGGUCUGACGGGCAUCGCGCACAGCCAGGUGACAGAGCUCAGCUGGCUCUGCUAUGGCUGCAUGGAGAGUAUCGUCGUUUCGCUCGAUGACUCGCUGCAGACCAAGGUCAUCGAGUACAAGGACGGCAUCUCGACCGUGUUUCACAACCACGGCCGCAUCAGUCUCGUGCCUGAAACGUUCGCGCUCAAGUAUGACCCCGUACAGGUCAAGGACAGCGGCAAAUACAUGUGCGAGGUCAACGGACACAGCACACCGCAGGGCGCGAUCGAGGUAAUCGUGCAAGACAUACCCUCACCGCCGGGGCGGCCGCUCAUCACCAACUUCACGUCACGCUCCGUGUUCCUCUCGUGGGCGCCGGGCAGCAGGAUCAACAACAGUCCCAUCCGCCACUACAUCCUCCACGUCAGCGUUGGUGAAGGCGGCGAGUGGAGCGAGACGCCGCUCCUCACCGACAACAACCAGACGACGUUCGUGGUGCGGGACCUGCUGCCCUUCACCGCCUACAGCUUCCGCGUCACCGCCGUCAACGGUAUCGGCACCUCAGAGCCGGGCGUCGCAUCCUACCCGAUCAUCACGCUGCGAGAAGCGCCUGGCGGUAAGCCGGUGGUGCUGGCCGCGCACAACACGAGCGCCAGCUCGGUGCGGCUACGCUGGAGGCCGCUGCUGCCUGCCCAGCUGCGCGGCGAGUUUCAGGCCUACCGCAUCACCUACCGCGAGCGCAACGACACCGGCCGCCUGCGGGAGGCGCGCAUCCGCGACGAGCGCACGCAGAGUCACACGAUCACCGGCCUGCGGCCGUUCACGCAGUACCUGGUGUCGCUUCAAGUGGAGAACCCGGCCGGGCUUGGGCCCACCACCACCGUCGUCGUCACCACGGCUGAGGGAGGCCAUGUCAUGACUGGCCACGCCAUGACUGGCCAGGUGUACUCGCACGACUGCUUUGAUCCUUUUACGAAAGAGGAGGUGCUUGAAGGAGAAGAAAAGCUGGCGGACUCCAUUCGCCAGAAGUGGCAAAAGUGUUUCAAAAACUUCAAGAUUCAGAAGUACCCACACAUUCUUGCGGGAUGUAACCCAAAUGAUUCACAUUCCGUGAUGUUCCGUACGCUCAAAGAACACCUCAUGAAGACAUUGGCUGCAUCUACCAUUUCAUUUGUUUUGCUGAGUGCACUGGCGCCUCAUGCUGAAUGUGAGGUGGAAGCAGUUCCUGGAGCACCAAAGAACAUUUCUGUCCUGAAUGUGACAGAUACAACAGCCAUCAUAUCCUGGCAACCACCAGCCAACCCCAAUGGAGUAAUCAUGGGCUACAGGUUUUACUCAACCACUGGCAAUAUCACCAAUGUCAACUGGUGCAGAUAUCCCAUGGAAAAACUACAAUACACCCUGGAGAACCUAGAGCCCAACUCCAACUACUCAGUGACUGUGAAUGCCUUCACCGAGAAGCAUGAAGGCGUGAAGUCACCACCCACUCUGCUGACCACGGACGUGUCAGCACCAUCAGCACCGCUGCUGACGGCCGUCACGUGCCAACCGGACGGCGCACUGCUUGUCGCCUGGCGUCGGCCCCUGCGAUUCCAGCGGCUUGACCUCUACCUGCUGGAGCAGCGCUCUGAACAUGAGCACCAGUUCAAGGAGCUGCAGGUCGCCACUGACCCUGGCCAGCUGGAGAGUAUGCUCCUGCUGACCAACCUGACGGUCGACUCGCUGUACGAGGUGCGCGUGCGGGCGGCGGCGCAGUCGCGGCUGCGGCCGGCCAUGCUGCGCCGCUCGCCGUUUUCGGCGUCGCGCAAGGCGCUGCGACACUUCAAGACGUCCUACUACUACCUGGAGGAGCCGUCGACCGUGCGCGCGCCGCUGGAGGCCGACCCGGACUGGAUCCGGGACGGGCCGGCUGGCGCCGCGGCGCCCGUGCCCGCCGAGGAGUUCCCCCUGCACGUGGCCGCCUUGCACGCCGACUCCGACAUAGGGUUCUGCAAGGAGUAUGACGAGAUACUGGAGCACACCAUGAAGCUUGGGCUGCCGUCGGCGACCUCUCAGGUCGAGGAGAACAAGCAGAAGAACCGGUACCAGAACAUUGACGCUUACGACCACACACUGGUGCCGCUGCGGCCCGUUCCCGGCCAACGGCGAGGCGACUACAUCAACGCCAACUACAUCGACGGCUUCCUGGUCCGCAAUCAGUACAUCGGCGCCCAGGGCCCACUGCCCAACACAUUCCACGCCUUCUGGCGGCUCAUCUGGGAGCAGCGCGUGCACGUGGUGGUGAUGAUCACCAACCUAGUGGAGCGGAGCAGGAAAAAGUGUGACAUGUACUGGCCAAAGGAGGGCUCAGAAAUGUACGGGCUCAUCCAGGUGGAAUUGAUGGAUGAGCGCGAGCUGGCGACGUACACGAUACGAAAGUUUCUCAUCAAACACACCAAGUACAAAAAGAAGAAAGGCCGGUCGAGCGAGCGCGUCGUUUACCAGUACCACUACACCAACUGGCCCGACCACGGGGUGCCCGACCACCCGCUGCCCAUCCUCAGCUUCGUCAGGAAGUCGGCGGCGGCCAACGGCGACGGCGCCGGACCAAUCCUCGUGCACUGCAGCGCCGGGGUCGGCCGCACUGGCACCUACAUCGUGCUGGACGCCAUGAUGAACAUGCUGCGCCAGCGCGGCGCUUGCAACGUGUUCGGCUUCCUGAAGCACAUCCGCACGCAGCGUAACUUCCUGGUGCAGACGGAGGACCAGUACGUGUUCAUCCAUGACGCCCUGCUGGAGGCGCUCGACUCGGGCGAGACGGACGUGCGCGCCACCUGGCUGGCCGAGUACCUGCACCAGCUGCGCUCCGCCGACGUCGGCCUCUACCCGUGCCACACGCUGGACCGCCAGUAUCAGUUGAUCACUUCACACCAGCCGGACGAGUACGAGCUGCUGGCCGCGCUCGCGCCCUUCAACCAGACCAAGAACCGAAGCGCGCAGUUCGUUCCGCCGGAGAAGUGGCGCGUGCACCUGGCACCGCGGCCCGGCGUCGACGGCAGCGACUACGUGAACGCCACGGCUCUCAUCGGUUACGAGCAGCUGCGCGAGUUCAUCAUCACGCAGCACCCGCUGCCGCACACCGUCGAGGACCUGUGGCGUAUGGUGUGGGACCACAACGUGCAGACGGUCGUGGUGCUCUCCCCCAACGACUGAACAGGUGAGUACCCGCAGUUCUGGCCGACUGAGGACGACGACAUCGACAGCGAGAGCUUCCGCGUGCGUCUGGUGGAGCUGCGGCCCGACACGCCGUGCUGGACUGCCGAGCUUCAGCUGCAGUCGACCCAGGACGACGACCAGGUGUCGGUGCGCCUGCUGGGCUGCGCCGGCUGGCCCCAGGUGCCGGGGUCAGCACGCCAGCUCGUCGACCUGGUGCAGCAGGCCACCCUCAGCAGCCGGGACAGCCCGCUCCUGGUGGUCGACAGGUACGGCGGCACCGAGGCUGCCACUUUCUGCUGCCUCACCACACUCUCCAAGCAGCUGCUCAAUGAACACUCGGUGGACGUGUACAUGUACGCCAAGCUCUACCACAUACGAAGGCCGGGCGUCUGGCGAACGCAGGACGACUUCACGACGCUUUACCACACGGUGGAGGGCUUAGUGCGGCCGACCGGCUCGCCCAGUCCCAGCACCAACUCGGAGGCGGAGGCGCUGCUACGGCCGGGCACGCUGUCGCGGCGCAACGGCACCCUGCGUGUGCCGCCCGACGGGCGCGAGUGCCACGUGCGCGCCGACUGUGUGUGACCCGGCGGCGCGGCCCGGCGUUAGCUCGGACCGAGCGGGGGCGAGCUGCCGUCGGCCUCGGCGCGGCUGGAGCUCGCAACAGGACCAGGUCGCGCCGUGCCGAUGGCGGGGGAGCUCCCUAUGGCCUCCGAGGCGGGCGCUGUGCCGCCGGCCGACCGCGCCGAGAGCGGCACCUCGUCACUGGCGUACUCCGGGAGAAAACGUCCCGAGCGCCGUCACUGCGCGCUGGCCAGAGCGCUCUCGCCGGGAGCGCCGCCGCGUCACUGGCGUACUCCGGGAGAAGGCGUCCCGAACGCCGUCACUGCGCGCCGGCCAGAGCGCUCUCGCCGAGAGCGCCACCGCGUCACUGGCGUACUCCGGGAGAAGGUGUCCCGAACGCCGUCACUGCGCGCCGGCCAGAGCGCUCUCGCCGGGAGCGCCGCCGCGUCACUGGCGUACUCCGGGAGAAAGCGUCCCGAACGCCGUUUCUGCACGCCGGCCAGAGCGCUCUCGCCGAGAGCGCGCCCAGUCGCACUGCCGGUGCCAAACGCCGCUGUUGUUUUCACCACCUGGAUCUCACGAGUGACAAUCCAUUGUGCCAAUGGCCGGUUGGCGCCAUCUUGCCCAGUUCACAUGACACCCUCGCCGCGGACCGUGUCGCUGCUACCAAAGACGCGCUGGCGGGGCCGGUCCCCGCGGGGUCCGUGCGGUACCCAUCCUCAGUAUUACAGCCCAGUGAAACGUUCCAUAACCAGGUGCAGGGCCGCGGCGGCCGCGCCAGUUAGCCAUGGCCUGCUAUAAAACUACUGUGUAUAUAGAGCUUGCUUUCUUGUAGUCAGCGGAAUCUGUGAUCGGGUCAAAGCGUCGCAUCCAUUGCGUUGAGCACGUGUGUAUGUAGCUUUUGAUACUAGAUGUUGGUGCUUUCAUUGCGAUGCGGUGCCGUAUGGUGCAAGCUGGUGCGUACAUCAGGAUAUUGCUUUUGUGAUUACGGCGCUCGAAGCCCAGGAGCCAUCAGCUGCUGCGUGCGUCAACACGUGACGCGGCUGUGUGCCUCUGGAGCGUCACGCCUCGCUCGAUUGGUUUGUAGACUAGGUCAUGUUCACACAGAGUUCACCUUUUUAAUUACCGUCCGUUGUUGCGUGCCGAACGUCACUACUCGGUGUAGAACUUCUCCAGCAGCGGGCGAACCACGCGGUCUGACCAUGUUCUUCCGAGCCGACCGCGGCUCACCAGCAGAUUUUCCAAUUCUUACGUAGUGCAGAUACCAAUCCCACACUUUGCCCCCUUUUCUCCACUGUUUCCGUUUCCUCGUUGGGUUAAUGGAAACAAGCUUAUGCUUGAACGUGAUGCUUCGACGCCCCGCGCGUGGUCGAGUUCGGUCCUCGGGGGGUGUGGGCCACCGCGUGUGCUACCGCUCCCGUCUCCUCAGUAAUGCUCCCCAUCUUCGGGUGUGAUUCCAGGCCGAUAUGCAUCCCGUGACUUGGCCCCGUAGCGCUCACUCAGUUGCCCGAUUGUGUGGUGGGAGGCGGGGUCUGCGAGCCGCGUCCGUGCGCGCCGCCGCUCGCGCCCGCGCCUGCGCGCGCCCCGCCGGCGCAGCGGCGCGCCCCUGUGAUGAGAGCCGCUCCCCGCGGUCGCAGCCGACUCGCUGGGUCCGACAGAAUGCUCUAUUUUAGCGGACGGCGACUUCCGCGGACUACCUUACUCGGUGCUGUAAUUGUGGUCACUCGGAUCUGUUCACGUGUUUGUACCAGUUUGUAAUUAGUAUGUUAUUUAUGAUGCGGGCGUUGCGCUUGGCGAAUGCGGCGCAGUCACGACUCCAUCUCGCUGCUGAGAGGGAUAUACAGUGGCUGAAAACUUGGUCCUCCUACACAUGCAUUACCUGUAUGUGUGAAAUA